AUGAUAAGUUUACCAUACGAGAUUAUUGCUGAGAUAAUAACAUAUCUGGCACAUGAAGACAUCCGCAAUCUCACUCUAAUCAAACAAUUUACGUCAAUUAGCAGCAUAACUGUAUUAGAGACUUUGGUUGUUUCUAAAUUUGAUAAAGAUGGUAUAUCAAUAUUAAAAUCACCUAGGGUAAUCGAGAAUGUAAAAAAGCUAACUGUAGAUUGCGAAUAUACAGUAAAACUACCAAAUGAGAUAGCAAGUAUGGAUCAAUUACAGUUCUUAGAAAUAGAUCUACGGUUUAUUAGUCGUGAAAUGGAGAACUUUAGCAAUGCUUUAGUUGCAAGACCAUUUGGGGACCUUUCAUUAACAGAAUUUAUCCCUGCUUCAAACACUUUGAAAGGGUUAACAUUAAGGUUAUACUCCUCAAAUGACAUACAUCGCGACAGGUUAAUAUUAGAUGAGAUAAUAUUGAAAUUACCAAGUCUAGAGAUAUUUGCGGUAGUGUUUGAGCAGCAAAGCAAAUACGAGCAAGAUAUGGAACCUAUCAUCGCAAAGCUUGCUAGUUUGCCUUUGCGAGGAAUAGCAGUUAAAUGGGAGAAAGGUAGCAGCUAUGAUAGACUACGCGUUCUUUAUGCCGAUAGGUUUGGUACCUUACGGAGAGUAACAACAGGUGCGAUUUUCUCAACAGAAACCAUCACUACAACUAUGAGCUCAGAUAAUACUGAAAGCUUUAAAGGAUAUGCGCUGUUUGACGAAACUAUGGAAGCCAACCCAUCAAACAAAAAAGACUGGUAUCCGCCAGCUGGAUCUAGAGCAGCGAAAGCGCUCGAACAUCUUUUUGACGAAGACGAGGCAAACGACGACGACCUUGGGGAAUUCCUCACCGAUAAUUCACAGGACAGAGAAUGGGUCGAAGAGGAUGCCCGUCAGUAG